CGAAUGUAUGGCGAAUACUGCGGGAAUUUCGAAACGUGCUAUUAGCCAGACCGCACAACGGGAGUCAUUCAUCGGGAAAUUGACCCAUUCCUAUUUGCAAUUUCCAGGACAAAAAAUCGUGACAAAUUGAUUUCGCAUAAUAAUUUGAGCCAUUUAAUGAUUUAGGAUGCAAACAUAAAAAACGCUCUAAUCGAUGCGAUAUUCUCGUUCUAUAUAGGAUUUACCUACACGAACGACGGGAAAUGAUCCAGGCACUCAGGUAUCGGGGACUGGUGCUACCAGUGUGUGACCAGAUCGCUCAAUAUUGCCACCACCAUGCACUAAAGAACAACUUUAGCAUGAUCCUGUAUCGGAACUGACGUCACCAAAUCGCCCCACCGAAGACUGUGGGUGUGUCCUCUGCCUCACCGGAUGUUGGAGGGAGGGCCAUGUUUUUGUCAUGUGUGUUGCUGUUCAGUCUGCUGUUCACUGCCUGUCUAGCGAUAUCCUCGGAAAUUGUCCUAGACCACACCAAUUGUCUGCUGAGGCAGACGUACAAGGUGGACAAGAUGGGCGUCCUGGCCACGUGGCGAGGGGUGCGUCUCGAAAACUGUAUCAUCAAGUUAGCACGUGACACGGCUCAGAGCGAGGCUAUAUGUGUGGAUGUGCUGACCUUGAACAUCAGUAAAGGUCAAUGUCCACCGGAUAUACAGAUGUUUUCCGGAUAUUCUGGAACACCCUUUCAGGUGUCGAACUGUGAUACAAGUCCCGUGAGGAAAUGUAUGACGUCAGAGUUUGCGUCACUCAAACUGGAGGCCAACGCGUCAUCGUCCGUCCUAGCAGUCCGUAUAUCCACCGAUACAUCAUACGUGUCGGUCCAGCCGACCCAAACCCCAGCUGAUCCAGCCAUGAGAAGCGGGCUUCCUCUUGGUGCCAUCAUCGGUAUCAUGGUUGGAGUAUUCAUUCCAAUUAUCAUCGUCGUCAUCGUCGUUGCUGUCAUCUGCAUACGACGCACCAACAAGCCAGUUGAUAAUGACGGCAUCGUUUACUAUCCACCUAAAAUACAAGAACCUGCCUCUGAACUUACAAACGGUUCUACUGAUAUAGAUCCUUCCCAUCUACUCAACAGCCCGCCUACAAUCACCGAUGACGAUGAUAUCAGUCAGGAAAUUUCGCAGUCCAUGCGUCUGUCGGCCAUUGUAUGACCUUAACCUUCUUAGUGGUACAUGCGCUGACCUUGAUCUUUGUUGUUACUAUAUAAUCAUAGACAUGGCAUCGUUGUGGUGAUGACCUUUCGUUUUGUUCAGGCAAAGAUAUCUCCCGUUCCCUGUUUUCAUGGUGGUAAGCAGAAACUUUUGAAACGUUUUAAAAAAAGAUUGAUGCCUUUUUAAAAUGAUGGAUUCAUGUGGAACAUUCGCACUGGAAGGAAUGUCUAGAUUGGCAUUAUUCGUUGGAUACUAAGUGGAACAGAAGUAUUCCUUUGUUCUGUUGAUAUCUUUGAUCUGUUGUUUGGAAGUCUUGUCAUGUUGGAUGUAAAAAUAUUAUACAAAGCAACUCGUCCAAACCGGAAGUUGCGUAAAACAUCACACAAACCGGAUAUUAUGCGAUGGAACACAAUGGCAGGAUUUUGUGUGGUAAAUAUUGAAGAUAUCAAAAUAUCAACAAUUAAUGCAUUUAGCAGCGUUUAAUAAUUGCUGCCUCUCAGUCAGCGAGUGCGACAACGGCUGAACAAUGAGAAAUGUUUCAUGGGGAAAAACAGGACAUUGUGUAUGAUGUGAAGUGUCUGUCGAGCACUUGUUUGACAAGUUACAUAAUUUAAAAUCACUUAAUCAGUGCCUUGAUUUCUGCAUGUAAAACGUUAUUCGUAUUUAAGUGAAAUCGUGUUUUAAUUAAAAGCGCUUGUCAAACUUGAAAAUCAUAAAAGAAAAACGUCAUAAUAAUAUCCUUCAUUGUGCAGUAAACUGUAGUACAUUAUCUCUGUGUGUGUGUGUGUGUAUUAAAAGAGUACAUUGUGAUAUAUGGAAGUCAAGAAUCACGUUAUCGUUAGACUUUUUUGUAAAACAAAUGUCCAAUCAAAGUAUUGUGGUUAUGUUUUGUUAAGUGCGGAAGUAGAGUUAAUCAUUUUGUGUUGUAAAAGAUGAUAUAAUCGAGUGUCUUGUCAGACUGAACCAUAACCGGAAAUUACUGUCAGGAGGUGUGUCUUGUUCGGUACAACAUCAUUACCAUUAACCCUGUCAAGUUGUCUCGCAUAAAUUUCUCAUUACACAACAUGAUGACAUGAUGGUCAUAAUCAUGAAGAAAUGUCUUUCCAUCUUUUAUAAUUCAAGCUGAAGAACUGUGAGAUUAUCGCCAGCAUUUAGUGUGUUUAUUGUAACUAUGAAGUCCUCACAGUUCACCAUCUACACACAUGGUUCUGUUUUACUAUAUAACUAGGAUAUCACGACACAUCAUUAAUUAUGUGGUAUGAAUGAGAUUUGUUAUCCUAUGUCAGAUCUGAUCCUUUUCUGUAAAAGGGGAUGAAAGCCCAGCGUAACAUGCCCCGUGUUAACUCGACCUAUCUGUAUCCAGCGUAACAUGCCUUGUGUUAACUCGACCUAUCUGUAUCCAGCGUAGCAUGCCUUGUGUUAACUGGACCUAUCUGUAUCCAGCGUAACAUGCCUUGUGUUAACUCGACCUAGCUGUAUCCAGCGUAACAUGCCUUGUGUUAACUCUACCUAUCUGUAUCCAGCGUAACAUGCCUCGUGGUAACUCGACCUAUCUGUAUCCAGCGUAACAUUCCUUGUGUUAACUCGACCUAUCUGUAUCCAGCGCAGCAUGCCUUGUGUUAACUCGACCUAUCUGUAUCCAGCGUAGCAUGCCUUGUGUUAACUGGACCUAUCUGUAUCCAGCGUAACAUGCCUUGUGUUAUCUCGACCUAUCUGUAUCCAGCGUAACAUGCCACGUGUUAACUCGACCUAUCUGUAUCCAGCGUAACUUGCCUUGUGUUAACUCGACCUAUCUGUACCCAGCGUAACAUGUCUCGUGUUAACUCGACCUAUCUGUACCCAUCGUAACAUGCCUCGUGUUAACUCGACCUAUCUGUACACAGCGCAACAUGCCUUGUGUUAACUCGACCUAUCUGUACCCAGCGUAACAUGUCUCGUGUUAACUCGACCUAUCUGUACCCAACGUAACAUGCCUCGUGUUAACUCGACCUAUCUGUAUCCAGCGUAACUUGCCUCGUGUUAACUCGACCUAUCUGUACCCAGCGUAACAUGUCUCGUGUUAACUCGACCUAUCUGUACCCAGCGUAACAUGUCUCGUGUUAACUCGACCUAUCUGUACCCAGCGUAACAUGCCUUGUGUUAACUCGACCUAGCUGUAUCCAGCGUAACAUGCCUUGUGUUAACUCGACCUAGCUGUAUCCAGCGUAACAUGCCUUGUGUUAACUCUACCUAUCUGUAUCCAGCGUAACAUGCCUCGUUUUAACGCGACCUAUCUGUACCCAGCGUAACAUGCCUCGUGUUAAUUCGACCUAUCUGUAUCCAACGUAACAUGGCUCGUGUUAACUCGACCUAUCUGUAUCCAGCGUAGCAUGCCUUGUGUUAACUGGACCUAUCUGUAUCCAGCGUAACAUGCCUUGUGUUAACUCGACCUAUCUGUAUCUAACGUAACAUGCCUUGUGUUAACUCGACCUAUCUGUAUGCAGCGUAACAUGCCUCCUGUUAACUCGACCUAUCGGUAUCCAGCUUUAUUUAAAAGAUACAAAUGUAGUUUUACUUAAUUUGAUUUUAACUUUGCAAUUAAGAUUUUAACGAAACAUUAAUUCGCUGACGAUUAAUAAUAACAAAAAGAUAAUUAAAUUAAAUUCGAGAACACACAUUGAGCCAUACACACCUCUCAUAUAGUGUCGACAUCUGACGUCGGCUGUUCUAUGUUAUAGAUUGUACCUUUUUUUUUGUAGAAUUGGGACGAUAUCUCAACAUCAUGGUUACAGUUUCUGAAAGCACUGAAAUCUACACAAAUUUGUACCUGACCACAUAUGUAUGUAUACACGUGUACACGUGCGUACCGGAUGUGAACAUGUGUGUACAUUGUCGAAACACACGUUUGUAUAAGAUCGAUGCAUGUGUUGAACAUAUGUAUACAUGGUCGGUAUACAUAUGUAUGCAAGGUUGGUGUGCUGUGUGUAGACCUAUGGUCUGUGUACAGUUAUACGUACAUGUUCGGCCGGGUGUACGGGGUCGAUGUAUGUGUUUGUGGAGGGUUGGUGUACACUUGUGUGUACAGGGUCGGUGUACAUGUGUGUACACAGUUGGUGUACACUUGUGUGUACAGGGUCGGUGCACAUGUGUGUACAGGGUCGGUGUACAUGUGUAUACAGGGUCGGUGUACAUGUGUAUACAGGGUCGGUGUACAUGUGUGUACACAGUUGGUGUACACGUGUGUACAGGAUCGAUAUACAUGUGUAUACAUGGUCGAUGUACACGUGUGUAUACAGUUGGUGUACACGUGUGUACAGGGUCGGUGUGCAUGUGUCUAUGGUCUGUACAUCGUGAGGUGAAUACAGGAUCGAUGUACGCGUACGUACAUGAUCGGUGUGAACGUGUGUACGGGGUCGAUGUACACGUGAUCACAUGAUCGGGGUACACGUGUGUACGGGGUCGGUGUUCAGUUGUGUACAGGGUCGAUGUACAUGUUAUAUCCUGUACAUACGGCCAUUAAGAAAUUAGUUAUUAUUUUAAUGUGAAAUGUAAAUACUGUACUUUUAAUGUAUUUGUACAGGAUCAUACCUAAUUUGACUUAUUGUGUUCACAUAAUUUGUGUAAGAAAAAUGAAAGAAUUCAUAAAAACAAA